CUGCGAACUUCAAAAUCCUUCUUCCAAAAACACAAACACACAAUUUUUUUUUACAUUACGAAUCGUAAUUAAAUUAAUAAAAAGUUUGUGGUUUUAAUUAAACUUUGGAAAAUUCACUAUUCGAUAAGAACUAAUCUUCGAGACCACGUUAUUUACUACACGAAAUGGCAAUGUCCUUAUCUGCCGGAGGGGUACGACAACAACUGGCCGGGGUCGCCCUCACGUCCACCGGCUCGCAUAGAGACCAAUCCGAUAAGUAUCGAGCCAUUUUGGACGGAAUUCUUCAAGCUGGAUCGACACAAUCGGAACUUAUCGAUAACCUUAAGGCGUUGGUAGAUCACAUGGUUCUGGAAAACGUGUCCUUGGUCGUGUCACGAAUCGUUCUAACGGAAGUGGCAACAGCCCUCACUAAACUGUCGGACGAGGUUUCGAAGGAUGUUGCUCAUUAUACUUUGGAAAAGGUUCAACCUCGCGUGAUUUCCUUCGAGGAACAAGUAUCCGCCAUACGGAAACACUUGUCACAAAUUUACGAGAAUCAGUCACAAUGGAAAGAGGCUGCCACCGUCUUGACCGGAAUUCCGUUGGAAACUGGGCAAAAACAGUACUCGGUCGACUACAAGUUGGAAACCUAUCUCAAAAUUGCACGUCUCUAUUUAGAAGAUGAUGACGCUGUUCAAGCCGAAGCGUAUAUUAAUCGAGCGUCCCUCCUACAGAACGAAUCAAAAAAUGAAGAGCUCCAAGUCAUGUACAAAGUAUGCUACGCCCGAGUGUUGGAUUACCGCAGGAAAUUCAUCGAAGCCGCGCAGCGCUACAAUGAACUCUCGUACCGCGCCUUGAUCGCAGAAGAGGAGAGAGUCACUGCCCUAAAAAAUGCCCUUAUCUGCACCAUUCUCGCUUCCGCGGGUCAACAGAGGAGCCGCAUGUUGGGAACGCUCUUUAAAGACGAGCGAUGCCAGAACCUCCCUGCUUUCAAUAUUUUGGAGAAAAUGUAUUUGGAAAGGGUUAUCAAGAAGAGUGAGCUGAAAGAGUUUGAAGAAAUGUUGCAACCUCAUCAGAAAGCUAUUACGGCGGAUGGCUCCACAAUUCUGGAACGUGCCGUCGUCGAGCAUAACCUCCUCGCCGCCAGUAAACUCUACAAUAACAUCCAAUUCACCGGAUUGGGAGCACUGUUAGAAAUUCCGCAAGAGAAAGCAGAGAAAAUCGCGUCCCAGAUGAUCACCGAGGGUCGAAUGACCGGACAUAUCGACCAAAUUGAGAAAAUCGUCUUUUUCGAAGCCAGAGAAUGUUUACCGUAUUGGGACAAGCAAAUUCAAUCGCUAUGUUUUGAUGUGAAUGAAAUUAUUGAAAAAAUUGCAGUCGUUGCUCCCGAUUGGAUGAGCAAGUACAAUGAUGAACAAAUGAAUUGAAUCUGUUUAUCCACCAAUUUUUUGCAUGUAAUAAUUUCUUUUUGUCCUAUUUAGUCAGAUGUGAUUUUCAGAAAAAAAAAGUUCUCAAUUUUGUAAUACUAAUAAAAAUUGCGAUUCCUUUUCUAAAUA